UGGCAACUUGUUUUUGCUUAAGUUUUUAUGUUUGUUGGUAUUCAUCUGUUGGACUCUUUUGGCAAGUCUCUGGUACAACUUGAAGUUGAUGGAGCUUUAUGUGCUGGAGCUGUAGAGAAGUUCCUCGUAGCAUACCGACAACAUAAUGCCCAUCCUCCACCCAUCAUAGAAACUGAAAGAGUGGUUUUGUAUUCAGUGGUUUUUGCAACUACUCCUUCUUUAAGAUUAUUGGCAGUUUCAAACAAGAGAAAAAAUGCAAUGGCAAAUCUUGCGUUUUGUAGAAAACUCGCUAAUCUCAUCGAAGCUUAUGCUGUUCCCGUUUCGUUUAUUGAACACAUUACAGGAGCAACAAAAGAGGAAGAUAGACUCUUGUUAGCUCUUAUAGAAAGCAGAGAGUGUGUUUUAAACUGUUUUCUUAUUAUCAUGUAUUCGUUGCUAUUUUCCUUUCCUCAAGACCUUCCUCUUGAAGUUUUGUAUAUAUGGAAAGAAUAUGUAGCAAAGGAAACAACCAUCUUUAAAAGACUAAAAAAGUCCUUCGAAAGGUCAUCUUAUUUGGAACCCACUGAAAUUCCCGUUUUGAAAGAGGCUCGUAAGAACGAUACUUCUUUGGUUAGCUUACAAGAAGCUCUAAGUAAAGUAUCAUGGCGUCCACGAGGGUUAUUUUACAACCGUAAUGAAGUAUUUAUUGAUAUUACAGAACACUUGGAAUGUAUUUAUUCUUCAUCUGGAAAAGAGAUCUUAUCUCAAGUACACGGUACCUUGGUUUUACAUAAUUUUACAAGUGGGAUGCCAGAAUGUCGAAUGCUUAUCAAUAGUAAACUGACAAAACAGUCGCAAGUGAUUCCCCACAAAGGUAGUCCAGAUACUGACUUACGAGGUAUUGCUGGAGUUGUUGGUGUAUCAUCAGAGUCUAUUACUUUGGACGAUGUUCGAUAUCAUCCUUGUGUUGAUUUGAAACUAGUGGAAGAGUUGGAUGCUUUGUCCUUUGUUCCUCCCGAUGGAACAUUUACUUUGCUUGAAUAUCGUUCAUCUAAAUCCAAGUCACCCUUAUUGGUGGAAGGAAUAGGAUAUUUUAAAGAAAGAGGGAUGGAAGCCACCUUAGAAUUGAAGGUUAAGAGCAACCUAUCCAACCAAAUGAAACUUUUUGAAUGGAAAGCUGAACAAGUCACUGUAACAGUAGAGUUGCCUCAGAGACCUUACCAAGUCAAGUCUUCCUCCAAUGGAGGAAAGUGGAAAUGGUCCAAAGAACAAAAAUGGUUUACUUGGGAAUUGAAGAAAGCUGUUUCUGACAGAGAAUAUAAGUCAAGUGUAGAUAUCGUAUUUGAUACUCCAUUGGACACAAGAAAGAUGUUGUACAGUGUCAUCGAUGUUAAUUUUAUGAUUCCCGAUGAAACUCUAACAGGAUUCAGUAUAUUAAGCUUUCUUGUAAAGGAGCCCAAAAUGGACUAUUCUACUGCCAAAUUUGUAAAGUAUGAAACCAAAACGAGUCAUUUUCAAAGACGUCUGAUUUGGCAAUUCGAAUCUAAUAAUCAUAAUCGAUUGUGGGGUUGUCAAUAAAUGAAUUUUAUAGGCAAAUCUAUAUCUU